UGCCAGCAUGCUGUAAUCUGGUCUGGAACGGCAGACGAUGGGAGGGAGCGAAAAUUGCAGAAGCAAUAAUCUUUUACGGAGACUGAGACAAUGAGACGCCAUCAAUUUGACAGCUUUAUCAUUAUCCAUUUGGUUAUAUGCCAGAUACUUAAUAUUUGUUACAUUUCAGUUACAGCUAAUAAGGACCUGAUUGACAUGAAAAUUGUGGAUGAACCCUCUAGCUAUGGAUUCAACAACAUGAAUAACAAUCGGCAGUGGGGUGCAGCGGCUGCACAGGAAGAAAAAUUGAAGAUGAGAGUGAAGCCUUCAAAUGUGUCAGGUCCUGUCCAUUUAACGCAACUUGCAGGACGAUGUUUUAGAAAGAUUCUGGAGAAUUACAAAUACGAGUUCUGCCCUUUCUCGAAUAUUACUCAACAUGAACAAGGAUACCACUGGAAUCCUUUCAAAGGCAUUCUGGGGGUUUGGCAGGAAUGGGAGAUUGAAAAUAACACCUUUGUUGCAAUGGAAAUGAAGGAUGGUGAUGAUUGUGGACAGAUACAUAGGAGUAUCAAGGUUAGAUUUUUAUGUGGAAAUACCAGUGACAUAAUAAGUGUGAGAGAACCUCAGACCUGUCACUAUAAAAUGGAAUUCAGCACUCCAUUAGUGUGCCAUCCACAUUCACUUCUGGUUUAUCCUAUCCUAAGUUCGGAUCUCAGGAAAAAAUGGGACAUCUUGGAAGGGCAGUACAGACGUCUGGAAAUAACAUACAAGGGAUAUAAAAAACGUUUAGAGAAAAUUUUUCAAGAAGCUGGAUUACGUCUAACACUUCAACAGCGCCAACAAUUUUUGCAAGAGGCUAAAGCUACAGAGGAGAAAAAACAUCAAGAUCGUAAUAGAGAAUUUUAUUCUCUAGGACAGUGCACACAGGAAUACAGACGUUUGCAGGAAGAAAUGGAGAGGCUGAGACUGAAGCUGGCAACUUAUGAAGGUGGCAAUGGCACAGAUGUUUCUCACAAUUCAACUAUUUCAUAACUCUCCAACGAGUUCAUCUUUUUUUAUUUUUUCAUAGGAGGUAGGGGAUAUUGUUUCCUUUCUUCUGAUUUUCAGCUUCAUAAUGAAUAAAUUUGUCAGUGAGCUUCUUCAUUGUUCUCUGGUGGGAUGGUGAAAAAGUACAUGCUUUCAUAAAUAAAAUGCUUUUUGGGAGUUUGUAGCCUGAUGGCUAGUGCACUUAAUUAUGGAGAAGAAUGUUGCUGGUUUAAAGUUGGAGGAAAUCCUCUGCCAACUCAGGAUCUGCUUAGCAGACAAGUACCUGAUUAUAUCAGAGAAGAUAAAGGUUGCAGAAGCAUAAGGCUGUGCUCCACUUUCCACAUACCACACCUUAGACAUGGUGAACCACUGAUGUUGAAAGUUCUUACAGCCACAAGGCUAUGGGACAUUUUUAUAUUUGUUUAGAAGCACAAAACAUUGUUGAAUAUUAUCAGUGUUUAAACAAUUUAUAGAAGAAGAAUUUUUUUAAUAGCCCAAUGACUGUACUAAGAAUUUGAGCACUACACUAAAAAGAUGUAUGAAAGUGUUUGGAUUUCCAACUCAUGAAGGAGACAAACAGUUGAAUGCCUUGAAGGUAUUAUUUCGGUGAGUUUGCACCGCUUCUCUUCUGACGGCUUGUGUACUUAUUUUAGUUUUUCAAUUAGGCAUUCUGUAGGCAAUCCAGCAAGUACAAAAAAAGACUUCUACCUAUCAGAUCAGCUCUGUGACUGGACUUGUGUUGAAAGGAGCAGUUGCAGUCAGGAUUAGUUUUUAAAUGGAUUAUGCAUGCUGGGAGCAGCUUCUGGCAGUAUAUCUUUUAUCUCAUAUGACAUUCCAAUAUACAACAGUUUUGCAUGUUGCAUAUAUCUGGGUAUGUAUGUGUUUCUGUAAAGCGCCAUGAACUUGCCCUUAGGGCCUGGAUAUGGUGCUAUAUAUGUUCACUUUAUUAUUAUUAUAAAUGCACACAUUGAUGGAAAGAAUGUACUGAAAGACAAGCUGUUGGUGGGUUGAUUCCAACGUUGUUGCUAUGCACUACUGAAUGUAUCAUUUUGGGAAUAAAAAUACAAGUUAUAAAAUAAA